AUGUUGGCCAUGUUGCCAUCUCUACAACUUGCCUUCUGCCAUGGUCUCGUUGCGUUGGCCUCGGCUGAGUGGCCCAACCUGCUGGGUAGCGAGGCGUGGCUGUUCGACCAGGGCUCCACCUUUGGAUAUCGCUUGGACGCCGGCGCCAUCCGAGGUCCGGCACCUGACUGGGCGUUGCAACAUGAGGAGGUGCCGUUGAUACGAUACCAAGCUCAUAAUGACCAUAGCGAGAUGAGUUGGAAAAGCUGGAAAAGUUGGACAACAGAGUACACCUUCUAUCCUGGCUCCAUUCGAGUGGCAGGUCCUACUGGUCCUACUGGACAACUUCGCUUUGCUGCUCAAUUGGUUUUUGAGUCUGCCAAUGUGUCUCUGAUCCGACUGAGUCUGGAGAACUUGGGCCAGCAGCCAACUGGAAGCUGGUUCAACAUCACAGGCUCAGGGGUCAACAUCUCUGCCUCUGAGACUGGGGUCGGUUUUGCCUUGCCCAAGGGAAGCUUCCCAUGCUUCCCGGAGGUCUCGUACCGUGGUGGACGCCUGAUUUUCCUGAAGUCUCAGCUUUUGGAUGGACAUUUGCAGCCUCUGCAGUGGAAGGUCGAUGUCCAAAAUUCCACUUUUUUUCAGGCAACUUCCGAGAAGGUCCAGCUUGCUGCUGGAAAAUCCCUGGUGGCUUUUGCGCUGAUCAGCCACCUGCAGACCCUUCCUGCACUUCCCCACGCUCUUGAGGCCAACCAGAGCUUCAGCCAGGCUUUGGCUCGCUGGGAGGGCUACCUGCGCACUGUUUUACAACGGGUCAGGGAUCCCCAAAUGGAUUGGGCCGCCGUGAAGGCUGUGGUGACCUUAAUGGGCAACUGGCGCGCAGUCCCCGGCUUGCCGCCUGGAGUGCUUCCAUCCUAUGUGGGAUAUGAAGGUGGCUUCUGGUCCUGGGACACCUACAAACAGGCAGUUGGAAUGGUCCAUUUUGCACCUCAAUUGGCUAAAGAUCAACUGCGCUUGCUGGUUUCGGCCCAGGACAGCGGUGGCCAUAUCCCUGACAAGGUCGAUCGUUGUGGUCAGGGAGGAGGUUGCAGCGGAAAACCACCUUUACUGGCAUGGGCUGUGUGGGAAGUUUACCAGAAAACCCAAGACUUGGAAUUUCUGCGCGAGAUGUAUGCUGUAGCACGCGAUUUUCAUCAUUUCUGGUACGAACAUCGGGAUGUUACCGGAACUGGUCUUUGCUCGUGGACUGAAGGCAUGGAGAGUGGAAUGGAUGAUGGGGUGCGAUUUCAGUCGGAAUUUGCGAAGUCUGUUUCCAAUGUGCAUCCACUCAUGUCGCUUGGUAUCCAAGAUUUGGUUUUUUGCUUUGCCAUCGGGCCCCAGAAACACGGAACGGGGAACGGCUGGACUUCUGCGACACCCACCUCGGAACUGGUGAGGACGCUGGAUUUCUGGAGCAUUGAUCUCAACUCCUACCUCUACCAGGAGAAAAGGUUCUUGUCCAAGAUGGCCACCGCCCUAAGCCUGGCCCGUGAAGCGCAGCGUUGGACGGACGCCGCGGACCAGCUGCUGCCGAGGCUGCGAAUCUUCUUCGUGGAAAGGGCGGCGUUUUUUUCCGAUGUUUAUUUCAAUGGCUCGGUCCUACCCAUUAAGGGCUGUGAAGGAUUCGCAGCUCUCUUCAAUGGUGUUGCCACACUCUCGCAGGCGCUGAAAGUGGUGGAAACUCUCCGCGACCCCACACAAUUCUUUCUGAACUUCAGCCUUCCGACGGUCAGCAAGGAUAAUAAGUUCUUCAACGCCCAUGGCUACUGGAAAGGUCCCACCUGGAUAGAUCAGACCUGGUUCGCCUAUACAGGGCUUCGACGUUAUGAGAGCCCGGCCAAAGCAGCAGGGGUGGCAUCGGCACCCUUUUCCCAGCUGGCCUCCGAGCUCAAACAGAAGAUCUUCAUGGGGAAGGGUUUCGCAACCAACGACACGACGCCCUUCACUGAGCACUAUGAUCCAGACACAGGAUUUGCAGAAGGAGUUCCUCAAUUCAGCUGGACAGCUGCGCAUGUGUUGAUGUGGGCCAUGGAGGAUGCAGAUGAGGAGCUUGUUUGGAUUUGA